AUGGUUGUUGAUUUGCGCAGUGCCUACGAUUUGUUGAGAAGAGAUAAUUAUUAUAGGCAGGAAAAGCAGAGAAAGGAUGCUGAACUGAACAAUAAGAUCAAGGAUACGAUCAAGGCACAUCAGCGUGCUGAGGGCUCUGCUUCGUUGAACAACAAGAAAACUCGUCGUGCUGGUCGCCACCAUGACAAGCAAUCAAGAAUGAGGAAUGAUAGUCCUGGUGAAGUACUUAAAUGUUAUGAUUGUGGUUUCACACCAUUUACGUAUGCGCAUAAGGCAUUAUGCAAAAAGAACCCUAAAAAUAUCAAAAAGAUAACAAAGAAGAAGAGCAAGUUGAUUGUGCCAAGACCUGCUUCCAAUGAUGAUACUGAUUCGUCAUCCUCUGAUGAUGAGGAAAGUGAUCAAACUUUUGCUGUUGCCACAAUUUCUACAAAGGACAAGCAAAAGGAGGAAGUCGUAUCCAUGGAUACUGAUAGUGAAUGCAAGCAUUUGAAUAAUGAAUAUUUCAAAAAGAUGCCUAGUAAUAACAUGGACACUAAUGGACUUCUUUAUCUACCUGUGAUAUUAGAAUCAAAGAGUGGUGUUAAGGUUAACACAUGGUUUUUGUUGGACACUGGUUGUACAUUUAAUGCAAUCUCGCCCAAGUUACUUGAUUUCAUGCAAUUAAAUGUUGUAAAUAAAAAUGGUACUAUUAAGCUGGCUCAAAGUAACACUGUUGUUAAUCGUAAAGGACAAACUGAAGAGGAACUAAAGAUUAAUUAUGGUUCCAAAUUUGUCUAUUCCAAAUUUGAAGUUUUUGACUUAUUUGAUGAUGUCCAUUGCGUGUUUGGCAUGGAUCUAUUGUAUAAAGUUGGUAUUACAUUGGGUGAUAUUGCCGCAGAUUGGUCUGAUCGAAUUGGAUAUAAGAUUCCUGAUAUUAAACCCAAUCCAUACAAACCAAAUGAGGAUCCUUAUGGAUGUAAGGAAGAGCGUCAAUUGAUGAUGAAUGAACUAUGUUGUGCCAGAAGGGCUACAACUGUCUAUAAAGAUUAA